GAUUUGUACGAUGCUAGUUGUCAAUUUCGGUUGGAAUUUUUUCUAUGGUCCUAAUCAUUCACUAUAACCAAGGUGCUGUUGGCCAGAUUAUUUUUGAAUUUACAAAAAUUCGACCACCAAGAAUUUAAUAAUGACCUCUGCAGCCGAUAAUAAAGUGGAUAGCUACAAAUUGAUUGAUUUGGUUAGACAACGACCCGUUCUUUAUGAUGAAUUGUCACCCGAAUAUCAACAAUACCGUCAACGACAACGUGCUUGGAAUGAAGUGUCCAGAAUCUUGAAACAGCCAGUUGACAAAUGUCAAUACAAAUGGCGUUCUAUACGGUCCUUGUACAAUGGCUAUCUACGACGUAAAAGCAAAAAUCCCAGCCAACCAAUCAGUUGUCAAUAUUCUGAUCAAUUGAAAUUCCUGGACGAAUACCUUCGACGUAAACGCAAAUCCAAAUCAAAAGAACGUGAACUGGACGAAGCAGAAGAGGAAGAAGAAGAAGUAGAAGAAGAAGAAGAAGAUGAUGACCAAAUGGAUGAUGAAGAGCAGGACAAAGACGAGGAUGAAGAAGAAGAUGAUGAUUUAGACAAAGAGAAGGUGGCAAGCAAAGAGAAUUAUGUUGGUCGUCUAUUGCAGGAGAUCUAUGACAAACAACAGGAACGACUACGUAAUUUCCAUCGUCGAUCAUCACCAUUCGUAUCGCAUACUUCUACAACGACCACAACUGCUUAUAAAACACCAGCCAUUAAUCGAAUGUCAAGAACUCCAUCCAUCAGCCGUUAUGACCAAUGGAGCAAUGACGAUGAUGAUGAUGAUGAUGCCAAACAAUCUGUACAUCACCAGCAACAACAGAAGCUGAUUCUAUAUCCAACCUCUUGUAUUUUAGAAGAUCUCAGAAUGUGGGGCAUGUUCAUGGUCAUUUUAGCCGUUCUUGCUGCAUUGGUUAUUUUAUGGCCAACAUACCUAGGUCGGAUCUUGGGACGACUUCGAAGUUAA